AUGGCACCAUCUCCAUCUGAUAUACUAGGCCUGCCAUCCUUUGACAGUACAUUCGGCGCAGCCUUCCUCGGGUUGGUAGUGGGUAACAUCUACCAUUACCUCAUCACCGAAGUGUUCAACGUCAUCGGCCUUUUGGACGCCCACUGGUCUGUACGAACAACCGUUUUGACAACGGGAAUCAUGGUGUUCAUGUCUCAGAUCUUCUAUGCUCACCGCGUAUACCAUGUCCCGGUGGGCGUGUUUAUGUGCACUGGCCUAUCAUUUGGAAUGGCUGCUGGAAUUCAGGUGUACACUGAUGUUCGCUAUGUCACCGACUUUGAACAAUUCAGCUGGCUCGUAUCCGUGGCCUAUGGAUUCGCCGUUGGGAGCGACGUCAUCCUGACCAGUGCUCUAGUACUCGUGCUUCAACGAAGUCGCACAGGGUCCAAAAGAUCUGAUACCGUCCUGGGCAUUCUCAUCAAGUAUACGAUUAACACAGGGCUCUUGACAAGCGUUGUCAGCAUCUUUGCCUUCGUAUUUACCAUCAUUCUUCCUGGUAACCUGAUCUACCCGGGCGUGAGCAUCGUCGGAGCAAAACUCUUGGCUGUGGUGAACUCCCGCAAGUCGAUCGGGGACAAGUUCUUUGACGACUUCACAACCGAAGUCGGGCCCGGGCAGAGCCACUUCGACAUUGAGUCCAUGGUCUGGAACGUGCAUCAGUCAACAACUGCUGGCACGAUGGAGUCCAUCAGCACAAAUCAAGAAAUGAGUGUGGUGGCGAAUGCUAAUGACAUUGCAACAGAAUACAAGCCGCGGCGGCCCAAUCUCACGGUGACCGUCUAG